CUGUUUAAAUACCUUCUCACAUCCCCACACUUCCGAAGAAAAAGAAAGAAAAAAUAAAAAAUCAUUUUUACCAUUCCAUUUUCUUUCUAGCUAGAACUCAAAUUUUCUGUUUGGCUGUCAAGAAAAUUUUGAUCAUGGGAGUGCCAGAGACAGACCCAUUGGCUCAAUUGAGGUUGCCACCAGGAAUUCGGUUUUUUCCAACUGAUGUAGAGCUUCUGGUCCAAUAUUUAUGCAGGAAAGUUGCAGGGCAUCAUUUUUCUCUACAACUCAUUGGUGAAAUUGAUUUAUACCAAUUUGAUCCUUGGGUUUUGCCAAGUAAAGCUAUAUUUGGUGAAAAAGAAUGGUACUUUUUCAGUCCUAGAGAGAGGAAGUAUCCCAACGGAUCCCGACCGAACAGAGUUGCUGGUUCAGGGUAUUGGAAAGCUACCGGAACUGACAAAGUUAUUACAACCGAAGGUCGGAAAGUUGGUAUCAAGAAAGCACUGGUUUUUUACGUCGGAAAAGCUCCCAAAGGCACAAAAACUAAUUGGAUUAUGCACGAAUAUAGACUCAUUGAAACUUCCCGUAAAAAUGGCGGCUCCAAGUUGGAUGAGUGGGUUUUAUGUCGAAUAUACGAGAAGAAUUCAAGUGCUCAAAAAUCAUUGGCAAACGUUUCAAGCAAAGAGCAUAGCAAUAAUGGCUCAUCAUCGUCUUCAUCUUCCCAACUCGAUGAUAUGCUUGAGUCAUUGCCCGAGUUAAACGAUCGUCGCUUUGCUUUGCCACGUAUGAACUCGUUGAAAACGCUUCAACAUGAUGAGAAAAUGGGGUUUCACAAUCUGGGUAGUGGGAAUUUAGAUUGGGCGAGUCUUGCAGGGCUUAACUCGGCGUCUGACUUGGUACCGAGUGGACAAACUCAGACUCAUAGUCAGGGGAUUCCUAGUUAUGGAUAUAAUGACUUAUAUGUCCCAACAAUGCAGCCGACACUAUGCCAGAUUGACACGUCAACAAAUAGGGUUGGUAACUCGGUGGAAGAGGAGGUGCAGAGUGGACUCCGAGCUCUGAGACUUGAUAACUCAGGGCUUUUCCAACAAAACUCGAAUGUGUUGACUCAUGAUUUCUCUAACUCGAUUGACCCCUAUGGAUUUCGAUACCCGACUCAAUCGGGUGGCUUUGGGUUUAGGCAAUAAAAUGAAGAAGAGAAAUAGGCAGGGACAUCAGAGGAAUUUCAGAAGUUUGUGUAAAAUGUUUAGAAUUCUUUGGGCUAACCUUUUGGAAUUAGAUACCAAAAGAGAAAAAAUUAUUGGGGAGUUAUUUUUUUA